AUGGCGGUGGUACUAUUUCUACUGGUCGGUACCAUCUUCGAACGAAGAAUAGAAGCUGCUAUACGACGUAUCAUAGAACAUCAACAACUCAUGCUAGAAGCUAGUCGAGAGGAAGCCAAUCAAGCUUUGGCCGAAACUACUGAGAGCACGCAACCCUCCACCAGCGCCUCCCAAAAAACUUUGGAACCAAAAAAAAUAAAUUCAACAAAAAGCUUAAUAUCCUCAACAACGUUCCAAUCUCUACCAAACUCUUUAUCCAAGCCUCUGGAAAGCAAGAGCAGCACUUAUAUUACUGGUAGCUCGCUUGAACGUAAGAGCAACGCCUUAAUCAAACCGGUACCAGAAAUAACUAUAUGA